AUGUCCACUUCAGCCGUUACAACACUCUUCCCCUCUUACAAUACGAACUUUUUGGAUGAAUUGAAAUAUUCGGAUGAAUAUUUGGAGGAUUCGGAUGAUUCGGGUGAUUCGGAUAGUAUGCCGCAAUCAUAUUUGAUACCAAAGUUGCAUGAAGAUGGACAUGAAAACUUCAACAAUGAGACAUCGGCUGAUGCUCAACUAUUUGUCGAGGAUCUUCCUGCUCCUUUCUGGAUACACAGGAAUUAUUUGGAACCACAAUCAACCUUCUUUAAAGACAAAUUUGAAGAGUAUAUUUCAGGAAAACCGAUGGAAAUUAAAGUCCCUUCGCCUGAAAACUUCGAACCCUUGUUGGAAUAUCUGUAUACUGGUGAUGGCGAUAAAUGGUAUGACAGCAUGAAUUUGGAUAAUUAUUAUGAAGUCUGGACCAAUGUAAACUUUCUUGGUCUCGGACAUGAAGCGAAUGCAAUUUGCAUGGCUUACUAUCAAAAUGUUGUACUUGAAAAUUAA